AUGUUUCCACAUCACACGUCACAGAAUAAGAGAUCCUCAAGGGUUGUACCACAAUACUCAGCAGAUAUCGAGCAAGAGAUGUCGUUGUAUUGUCAGGAUGGUGGUUCUGAGCUCGUGAUGGGCUACUCUGCGAACCAUCAUGUUGAUAAUUCAUGGAUUCAACGGCAGCCCACGGACUUUCCUGAGGACCUGCCCCAGGACUUUCCCCAGGACCUACCCCAGGAGCAAGAGAUGAACUCGUUCAAGUCACAACGGGCGAACAGCAUCUCACAAAAUUCAAAGUUCCAGAAGGAGGCAGGAGGGAUGUCCAGCUACAGCAAUGCUGACGACGAGCGUCCAAUAGGACUGUGCACCUUCCUAGGGCAGUUUUACAGCCCGAUCAACAUCUUAAGGGGAAUUCACCGUCACUUACAGGAUAGCGACGAGUACUCUCCUUUCUUUGCUCGCCCUGAGGUGUGCGACGCGUACUCUAGGAGGGAACGAUUAAUGGUUCUGGUCAAUGUAGUCCUGGUUUCUCUGACCAAUUCCGCGUUUCUGAUGACGGUCCAAUUGCCAACCGAGUGGUACGCCAAGAAAAUGAUGGGCGCGUUGUUGAACCCAAUUCUCAAGGCUCUCAUGCUGACCGAGCUCUUGAAGAGGAUCUUCAAAGCGAAGGCAGACGAAGGGGGAUGCUGUAUGCGAUGUCUGAGGAAGAGCGGAAACUUGCUGGCGGUUGCUCUGUGGGCGAUCUCAUGCUUCUUUGGAGUGACCUUUAUCGCAGAUGCAUUUUAUUGCAAACAAUAUGUGUUCUCUCAGCCCCAACUAGUUGCGCAGGCCAUGUCGAGUCAGAUGCUCGCUCCAGCUGGGUCUUCCAAAGGCACCAUCAUCUUCGUGUGUGAAUCAAAAACUCAGAUGGAAGCUGCGAACUUCUGCGCGAAGCUGGGAGGUCGCCUGCCCCUCUACAACCAAAGCUCUGAGUACCAGAUGGCUACCAAGAUCAUGAAUCAGCAUCUUCCCCGCUUUGGCAUCGCGACCUUUGGGCUAAACGCCUGGGCAGCUGGGGGUCAGCCAGGAGCUGGACGCUUAACUUGCAUGACUGCGACAUGGAACAGUGCCACGACAAAGCCUACGCUCAUCAACAAUCAAAAUUGCUCGACAUUGCUACAGUUCGGAUGUCUUGUGGAUCGGGCCCCUAGCUUUGCAGCUGAACUUGACAAUUGCCGCUGCACAACAGAGACGAAAACUCUGGUCGAGACGUUGCUGAUCCAGUACAUCAUCAAUUACUUCAUUGGAAAUUUAUCAUCAUAUAUCUACAGCAUGCUGCUCGCACCCGUCUACUUCCUCUUGGUAGGCAUGGGAUGCUGCAAGUUCACGAAAUUUCUCUUAGAUAACUUGGUACUCGAUUGGGCAAGGUCAGACGCCUCAGGCCGUCCUGCCAUCAGGAAGGAAGACGAGUACCUGUUCUUCACGUUGAUAGUUUGGUCUGAUGCUCCAAGAAACAUGUGCUGCUGUGGAGAAACUCCUGAGCAGGAAACUUGUUCAGAGGAGCGAUACGAUUGA